AUGAUGUUGAGGUGCUUGCUACUCCUGGCUAUCUUCUUUUUGACAGGACCAACAACACAUGGUGGCGAGUCACGGCCAGUGGUGCCAGCAGUCUUUCUGUUUGGUGACUCGCUGGUCGAUGUGGGCAACAAUGACUACUUCCUCACGGUCGCCAAAGCCAACUUCCCUCCCUACGGCAGGGACUUCAAAAACCAAGUUGCCACAGGGAGGUUUGGAAAUGGAAAACUGCUUAGCGAUAUCAUAGCUGAAAAGGUGGGGUUUACUGGCUCUCCCCCGCCAUAUCUCGGCAUGCGUGCAUCACGGCAGAACCUAAUGACCGGGGCCAACUUCGCAUCAGCUGGAUCGGGCUAUUAUGAUCCCACGGCACUUGAGUUUAAAGUCAUCCCGCUAUCCCAACAAUUGGAAUAUUUCAAAGAGUACAAAUCUAAGCUAACAGUGGUUGCCGGUAACAGUCAGUCUCAUGCAAUCAUCUCUGGAGCACUCUACAUUAUCAGUGCUGGUUCAAAUGAUUUUGGCCCGAACUACUACAUCAAUCCCUUACUCUUCAAGACAUUGACCGUUGACCAAUUUGCUGAUUUGAUAGUCAGCAUCUUCAGCAACACCGUCACGCAACUUCAUGGCAUGGGGGCAAGGCGCAUCGGUGUAUUUUCCUUGCCACCAUUAGGUUGUUUUCCACUCGCGAUCACGGUGUUCGGCCAUGGGAGGGGCGGGUGUGUCUCCAGGCUCAAUCGCGGCUCUCAGAUAUACAACAAAAAGUUAAACAUCGCUGUCAAUACACUGUCAAGGCAAUACCAUGACCUCAAGAUUGCUGUUCUUGACAUCUACACGCCUCUAUAUAAUAUUGCAAACUCUCCUAGAUCACAAGGGUUUAUCGAGGCAAGGCGGUCAUGCUGCGCAACUGGUACAAUAGAAACCUCAGUGUUUCUAUGCAAUCCCUUGUCAAUUGGGACUUGUCCGAACGCGACAUCAUACGUAUACUGGGACGUCGCCCACCCGUCAGAGAAGACAAACCAACUGAUAGUAGACUCAUUUCUCGUUGAGCUCGGCAGCCUGGCUGCUUAA